UUGUUAAAUGGAGGACAAUAUAGUCAUUUUGACGGGAAAAGGAAAAAUGAAAAAAUAACUGCCUUUAUCGGGAAUCGCAUUCAGAUAAAAUCAAAUUCCCAGAGAAGAAAAUUCACAGGGAAGAGAGAAAAGGGUAUGGGGCUGCUUUCAAAUAGGAUCAAUAGGAAGAACUUGAAGCCAGGAGAUCACAUAUACUCGUGGAGAGCUGCAUAUGUAUAUGCACAUCACGGUCUUUCCUUUUAUCAUCUGAGCAUACUAGGAAUCUAUAUCGGGGAUGAUAGAGUAGUUCAUUUUACCAGACGUGGCCAAGAAGUAGGAACAGGGACUGUGCUGGACCUGCUCUUGUUUAGCUCGGGACCAGCCUAUCAAGCGCCUUGCCCCACUUGUUCUAUGCAGGAAGGGGGACAUGGUGUUAUCCUCUCAUGCUUGAACUGCUUCCUUGCUGGUGGUGUCUUGUAUCACUUCGAGUAUGAUGUUAACCCUGCUCUAUUUCUUGCAAAAGCACGUGGCGGAACUUGUACUCUUGCAGUCUCAGACCCAAAUGAUAUCGCAGUCCAUCGGGCAAAAUAUCUGCUUGAGAAUGGAUUUGGGUGUUAUAAUGUAUUUAAAAACAAUUGUGAAGACUUUGCUAUUUAUUGCAAAACUGGUCUCCUUGUUGUGGAUCAAGGAACUAUGGGACAGAGCGGCCAAGCAGCAUCCAUUAUAGGUGGCCCUCUUGCGGCUGUUCUAUCUACACCAUUGCGCCUUGUAACCACCAAUGUUUAUGGGAUGGCAGCAACAGCUGUCGGUGUUUGAUUCA